AUGAUGCCUCGGGAUCAAGCGGCUUCGCAAAGUCCUCCAACUGCCUCGAAUCAAACAACCAAUCCCGAUGUCGCGUCUCCGCAAUCUAACAACGCAAUCUCGCCGUACUCCCUACCAGAGGUCAGCAGACCUUCUCCGCUGACGGAGUCGGGACAUCCUGUAAGAAGAACAUCCACACCGAAGGUUGCCAACGUCGCUGAAAUUCAGCCGUUCUUCAGCGUCAGUGCAGUUCACCUGCAAGACCGCCAACCAAACGGAAAUGUGUGCGCAGGUUGUGGCCUGGUGAUCUGGGAUCGAACACUGUUGAGUGCUUUGGAUAGGAACUGGCAUAACCACUGCCUCAAGUGUCACUUGUGUGGCGGUCGGCUUGCAGACAUGGGAGCUAGCUUUUUUCUGCGUUCCAACAUGUUCUUCUGUAGACAGGAUUAUCUGAAGCUAUUCGGCGUCGCGGGAGUCUGCACUGCCUGUCAGACCACAAUUCCACCGGACGAAAUGGUCAUGCGAUGCCACAAGACGGUCUACCAUCUGCGAUGCUUCAACUGCUCGCUUUGUCACUCGCCGCUGCUGCCGGGGGAGCGGUACCUUCAGGUGAACGGUAGCCUCUUCUGCGAACACGAAUUCGCCCGCCUCUUGCCAACCUCUCAGGCCUCGAGCACACCCCCCGCUUCUCCAGCCGUGCCCGCUCCACCACCCACAACUUCCGCGUCCCCGAGCACCCUACGCCCCAUCCUGUCCCCCCAAGUGCUCAAUGCGGGCGGCGGUGUGUUUGGCGGAAGCGCAGUAGCCAAUCAGAGCUGCUGUGCGGCUCCGGAGUCCUCUUCCGGCUCGACCAAUGACAUUGUCACUCAAAGACAAAAGAGCUCGGAUUUGUCGGAACCAGAGGGCAUUUCGUCCGAAAGCGAUAAUUAG